UCCCAUUAAUUCACACCUCUCUCUCUCUCUCCUCUUUCUCUCUCCUCUCCUCUCUCAAAACCCUAAACUCACUCAUCGCUUCUCCGAUGCCGGUGGCAGAUAACGACGGCGACCGGAGUUUGACGGAGCUAAUCUCCUCUCUCCUCGACAGUAUCCCCAAGCUUCUCAGCUUCAAGUGCAAAUGGUCUUCGAUUCGCGCCAAACUCGCCGAUCUCAGGACUCAGCUUGCCGAUUUAUCCGAUUUCGAUGCGUCUUCUUCAAACAAGCUAGCUCUGGAUCUUCUAGCUUCCGUCCGAGAAACGCUAGAUGACGCGGUCUCCGUCGCGGCGAGGUGCGAGGGACCAGAUUUAUCAGAAGGAAAGCUCAAGACGCAGAGUGAGGUUGACUCAGUCAUGGCGAGACUUGAUCGCCAUGUGAGAGAUUCCGAGGUUCUGAUUAAGAGCGGUCUUCUUCAGCAGGAUAAUUGCGCCGUCUCGAAGUUUUCGAUUUCGACGAAGAAGGAAUCGGUUCGGUUAGAAGCGAGGAAUCUGGUUAUUCGAUUGCAGAUCGGUGGACCGGAAUCGAAGAAUUCUGCAAUUGAUUCGUUGCUUGAGCUGCUUCAGGAAGAUGAUAAGAACGUGAUGAUCUCAGUAGCUCAAGGAGUUGUUCCCGUUUUGGUUCGGCUUCUCGAUUCGUGCUCUUUUGGUAUGAAGGAGAAGACUGUAUCCGUGAUUUCUAGAAUCUCUACGGUGGAGAGUAGCAAACAUGUGUUGAUAGCUGAAGGAUUGUCUCUACUGAAUCAUCUCCUUCGUGUACUGGAAUCAGGAAGUGGAUUCGCUAAGGAGAAGGCUUGUAUUGCUUUACAAGCUUUGAGUCUCUCUAAGGAGAACGCGAGAGCGAUUGGUUGCAGAGGAGGGAUCUCGUCUCUGCUUGAAAUCUGCCAAGCCGGGACUCCUGGCUCUCAAGCUUUCGCCGCCGGAGUUUUGAAGAACUUGGCUUCGUUUUCAGAGACUAAAGAGAAUUUCGUGGAGGAGAACGCUGUUUUCGUUCUUGUUUCUCUCGGUUCUUCAGGUACGCCUCUAGCUCAAGAGAAUGCUGUAGGGUGUUUAGCUAAUUUAACAUCUGGGGAUGAGGAUAUGAUGAUGUUAAUUGUUAGAGAAGGUGGAAUCAAGUGUUUGAAGAGUUUCUGGGACUCUGUUACCAAUGUUAAGUCUCUGGAGGUAGCUGUUUUGCUUUUAAAGAAUCUAGCUUUGUGCCCUAUUGUUAGAGAAGUUGUUAUCUCCGAAGGGUUUAUCCCUCGUUUGGUUCCGGUGUUGAGCUGUGGGAUUCUCAGUGUGAGAAUCGCAGCUGCAGAAGCUGUUUCUUCGCUAGGUUUCAGCUCGAAAAGCAGGAAAGAGAUAGGCGAGAGCGGAUGCAUCGGUCCUUUGAUUGAUAUGUUAGAUGGUAAAGCCAUUGAAGAGAAAGACGCAGCUUCUAAAGCUCUAUCGACGUUAUUGGUGUGUACAAGCAAUAGAAAGAUUUUCAAGAAGAGUGAGAAGGGUGUAGUUAGUCUUGUUCAGCUCUUGGACCCGAAGAUUAAGAAACUUGAUAGGAGAUACACAGUCUCUGCGUUGGAACUGCUUGUGACUUCUAAGAAAUGCAGGAAACAAGUCGUUGCUGCUGGUGCUUGCUUGCAUUUGCAAAAGCUUGAUGUUGAAGGAGCUAAGAAAUUGGCCGAGAAUCUCGCUCGGAGUAAGAUUUGGGGCGUCUUUGCAAGGCCAUAGGAGACUUGCGGAUACGUUUUAUUAACCUGUAUGUAAGAAACAUCUGCGAGAUUCCUUUUUUUCUUUUUCGAUUUCUCUAUAUGUUGUUUGAUGAUUUGAUUGUUCAUAAGGCUUGGUUGAUUGAAGUAGGGAGAGUUAAUUUGCUGAUUAGUCAUGUAGACAAACAAUAAUAAUAUCUUUGUAGAGUUUGUUGUAAUCCUCUUUUUUUUCUAAUUUUCUUGGUGAGUUGAUGUUUUGUCCUCUAAAA